AUGAAAGAAACAACCCCCCGCAAAAAGAUAAUCGUCGCCAUAACAGGCGCAACAGGCGCCCAGAUCGGCAUCCGCCUGCUCCAGACCCUCCGCCGCCUCAACGUCGAGACGCACAUAAUCAUAAGCAAGUGGGCCGCCGAGACGAUAAAGUACGAGACGGACUACACGCCCGCGGCCGUAAAGGCCCUCGCCGACCACGCCUACAGCUCCCACGACCUCGCCGCCCCCAUCGCGAGCGGGUCCUACCGCGUCGACGGCAUGGUCGUCGUCCCCUGCUCCGUAAAGACCCUGGCCGCCAUCAACGCGGGCAUAUGCGACGACCUGGUCACGAGGGCCGCGGACGUGUGCCUCAAGGAGCGCAAGAGGCUGGUCCUGUCCGUGCGGGAGACGCCGUUCAGCGAGAUCCACCUGAGGAACAUGAUGGAGGUCACGAGGGCCGGGGCUAUUGUUGCGCCGCCGGUGGUGGCGUUCUACACGAAGCCGGCGUCUAUUGAUGAUAUUCUCGAUCAGAUGGUGGGGAGGUUGCUUGAUUUGUUUGACCUGGAUGCGAGGAAUUUUGAGAGGUGGGAUGGCAUGCAGAAGAGUACCACAAGAGCGACAUAA